GCCAAAUACAUAGACACACUCCCCUCGACACACGUUUUCUUCUCCUUUAUACAAACCCCUCAUAAUUCACAGUUCCUUAUUCAACAAAAUUAAAUCCUCUUUAAUUUCAAGAUUCUUACAUAUAUCCUCUGCUCCAAAUCAAAACCUUCCUUCAUGUCUCACACCAUCACUCUCUCAUGAGGUUGAACUUGUUUAGAUAGAGAGAGAAAGAGGGCAAGGGGGAAAAUCUAGCAAGCAAAUGAAAGGAAAGUGAAGGUGUUGAGGAUAAUACUACUAAGCUAGAGGGGUUAUCACAUGUUUGCUUCACGCAAACACCUAAAUGUUUGGGUUAACCCCUUUUCUCCCAAGUACGCGUGGCUUUAAAGAUUUCUUCUAGCCUUUUCAUACCCAUCAUUCAAAUUAAAAUACUAUAACCCCACCAACACCCUAUAACUCCUCCUACAAACACCACCAUUCCCCUCUUCUUCUUCUUCUUCUCCCCCUCCUCCUCUUUGUUCCUCUCUUAAUUUCUCUCUCCUUCAAAUGCCAACCAUUUCACAAACCUUAAUUAGUUUCUUGACCUAAUUACAAGCAUUUCGAUCUUAACCAAACUAUCUUACAGCCGAUAGUAGUGAGAUUAAUUUCUCGCCCUAUGAAUUACAAGUCUUUCAAUACCUUUCCAUAAAAAGUUGCAAUCAUAGGCUAAUUACAAAAAAAAUUAAAGACGAGCAUGAACUCUAGUUGUAGCAAUAGUGGUGGUGGUGGCUGUGGUGUUGGUCCUUGUGGCGCGUGCAAGUUCUUGAGGAGGAAGUGUGUGCCGGGUUGUGUAUUUGCGCCAUACUUCGAUUCGGAACAAGGUGCAGCUCACUUUGCGGCUGUUCACAAGGUUUUUGGAGCCAGCAACGUUUCCAAGCUGCUACUUAACCUGCCGGAGCAGAAGCGUCUUGAUGCGGUGAUCACCAUUUGUUAUGAAGCGCAGGCAAGGAUGAGAGACCCUGUGUAUGGUUGUGUUGCUCAUAUCUUCGCUCUUCAGCAACAGGUUGUGAGUUUACAAGGAGAACUCUCCUACUUACAAGGUCAACUUGCCACAAUAGAGUUACACCAACGACCACCACCUUCUCCGCCACAAGCAACCAUAGCUCCUCCUCUUCCUCCUCCGCUGUUUUCAAUAGCCAACCUCCCAUUAGCUCCUGCCUCUAACAUGCAAGUCGCAUAUGACUUAUCUUCACUUUUUGAACCCAUGGGCCAAAGUUCUUCAUGGCACAUGCAUCAUAGGCCCGUAGACUCACAUCAAUGUUUUGGUAGUGCCACUAGUAGUGGUGGUGGUGGUGAUCUUCAAGCAUUGGCCCAUGAGCUGUUGCAUAGACAUGGAUCUGCCCCAGUUGCAUGCUCAAAUGCCUCGUCAUCUUACUCGCUUUCCAAAUGAUCAAUAUUGAUUUGAUGCUCUUUUCUUCAGUUGAUAUAUGGAAUUUUCAAUGUUUAAUAUUGGGAAAGUAUUACGAUCAUGGUUCUUUAAUUCAAAAUGGUCUUUCUUUCUGCUGGGAAUUUAAUUUUAAGAAUGUUGUGAUUGAAAAGACAAUCACCCAUUGAAGUCGUUGAAUGUUCUAAAUUUUAUAAAUUUCUUACGGGUGGAGACUCUCAUGGUGUGAGAGGUAUCUCGGUUAUGAAAUGAGAGGAAGCGUGUGAGUUUAUCCUUUUAUAACCACAUUGGAUGAGAAGUAAAUUAACCACAUUAAUGAAAGACACCACGUCUUUCACCCAAAACCUUAAAGCAAAGAAUGGAUGAGUCUUUUCACUUAUAUAUAGUUCAACACUCUCCUUUUUAUUUAAUAUGAGACUUGUUUAUUUUAUUUAUUAUUCCCACUGGUUCCCAAUAGAGACU